AUGGACGUAAAAAAGAUCACAUCAGGACUUUCAAAGUGGCUGUUCUGGUCGAAGCGGUGGUUUUGGCGAUGGACCCAACAAACAGCCUGCGUCAGAGCCCACUUCUUCAACAGAUCCACUACGAGUGAUUUUGGAUUGAAUCUUGCUUGCCCCUACUUCAAGCAUGAUCCUGGAAGAUACGGUUCCAAUAGGGCUUACCGUAGGCCUCCUGUCUAUCCAGAUAUGAACAGACCAAAGCAGCAUUUGUACAUGACACAUUUCCUAAAGAUAUGUCGAAAGUGUCAUUUGAUCUGCGACGGCGAGAUUGAGCUCCAACAGCAUUACGAUGUUUCAAUAUGCGCAGCGAUGUUUCAACGCGACUACGCCAAUGAAUUUUAUGAAUCUCAGCGUGACAAUCUCAAGAGGCGAACAGAAAAGAGGAAUCACUCGGACAAGGCACAGUAUUUGACAGCGGUUUACAGGAUACUGUUUCCAAACUCCGAUGAUGCAAGCAUGCCCACACCAUGGCGCGAGGAAAACAUAAACAAAAGGCAAUAUGACGAGUCUAGUGCUCAUUCACGAAUCCAGGAUUCAUCCCUCCGGAACGAGCUUUCCCAACAUGUUCAAAGCCAAGGCGCAAUCAGUGCGAUAUUGAAUAUCAUCAACAGGUAUCAGACAGAGUCUUCCGGAGCGACCACUAUUGGAAGAAUCCCGAGAAGGUUUUCCCAAGUUCCAGAGCGACAGCAUCUCGAGACUUCUCAAAAUGACCUGUAUCAACAAUCCCCUCUUGGACGAAAUCCGCUUGGUCAUGAUAACAUUCCGAUGAUGCCUUUUGAUUCUUUGCUACCUGACUUCAUGAUGGAGCCCUCAAGUGACUCUGGCUUUUACGAAGACUAUUCACUUUAUGAUGACUUAAGUCGGGGUACUUUGACGGAGGCUGCUGGAUCAAUGAUGGGGGAACACGAAAUUGCGAUAAACGAGUCAUUUCUGACGCAACAUCGGUUACCAACUCCAGGAGCGCAAGGCGAUAGUGACGAUAUAGCUCGAACACACCGAGUACAUAACUCAAGGGAAGAUCCUCUAAGUUCUUCCAGCCUUCGCGACAUCUUCAAUCUUGACCAAACUCAGUACUUGCAACUACAACAAAACCCCAUGUUUAAUAACUAUCAAGACAAAGAUCAUAAUGAAGAGGAAGAAAAUGAUAACAACUGA